AUUUCUUUUCCAAAAUGUCCUUUGAACAAACCCUUCGUUUUCUCCUCCAAAACCCUAACUUUUUUCCUUCUCCUUUGAUUAUCACUCUCCACUAAUUUUCCUAUUUUACUGGUUUUCGGUAGAGUUUUGAUUCGAGCUGCUGAGCGAAAGAGAGGAGCAAAAUGUCGGGAUCUGAGACUGGUGUGGUGACGAGUAGGGAACCCUUUAGCAUCGGCGUUCAGAAUAGCUCCUUACAGUCGCAGGCGGCGGCCCAAAACAUGCGAUUAACCUUUAGCGCCGAUGGUACGGCAGUUUACAAGCCUGUAACUCCUUCAACCUCACCGGCAUAUCAGUCCUCCAUGGUCGGAGUUUCUGGUAAUGACGGAAAUGAGGGAUCAGCGGGUGGGGGGUCUAUGUUGCCUCAUGGUUUCAACAUAAAUUCGGUGGGCAGCGAGCAAGCAAAGAAGAAAAGGGGGAGGCCGAGGAAGUAUGGACCAGAUGGCUCCAUGGCAUUAGCUUUAGGUUCUGGGCCGCCUUCAGGAAGUGGAGGUUUUUCUCCUUCAACUAUGGCUAAUCCUGCUUCAGAGGGAUUAGCCUCACCAAAUUCAAUGAAGAAAACUAAAGGCAGGCCACUUGGUUCUAAGAAAAAACAACAAUUGGAAGCUUUGGGACCAGCUGGUAUUGGAUUCACUCCACAUGUUAUUAAUGUGAAAGCCGGAGAGGAUGUAUCGUCGAAAAUAAUGUCCUUUUCUCAGAAUGGCCCUAGGGCUAUUUGUAUCCUCUCUGCAAAUGGAGCAAUAUCGAAUGUGACUUUACGUCAAUCUGCUAUAUCUGGUGGAACUGUUACUUAUGAGGGUCGAUUUGAAAUCCUGUCACUCUCAGGUUCAUUUCUGCUGUCUGAAAAUGGUGGUCAGAGAAGCAGAACUGGUGGUUUGAGUGUUUCUUUGUCUGGUCCAGAUGGCCGAGUGUUGGGUGGUGGUGUGGCGGGUCUUCUCACGGCUGCAUCUCCUGUUCAGGUGGUCGUGGGAAGUUUCGUAGUCGACAGCAACAAGGAACCGAAGUCAGACAGCCAAACAGAACCCAUCUUCGCCUCGCAAAUGCCAAACCCAGUUGGCUUUGGUCACUUAACAGGAGGAGGAGGAGGAGGAGGAGCCAGUAGUCCUUCUCACGGGACGCCGAGUGAGUCUUCCAGUGGCGACCCUGACAGCCCCCUUAACAACAGCUCUGGAGCCUGUGACGACAACAACAACCAUCCGCAGGGCAUGUCUGGCAUGCCAUGGAAGUAAGUAUCCUAGCAAUUGAAUCUAGCUGUGACACAUGACACAUCGCAUCCACACAUGGGUGUUGUAUUUCAAAAAAGUUUCAGUUUUUAGCAUGAUAAUAGCAAAAGGCAAGUUAGGGAGAGAUUCAGUUUCUGAUGUUUUGGUGAUCAAACCCGGUUUGUCAGAUUGUAUCAUUGAAUUUUGAGGUUAGAAGAAGAGUUGGUUUUAGAUAGGCUGUUAGUUCUGUAACUGCAUUGUUUAACUUAAUCAAUUGCUUUCCCCUUAUUCAUGUUGGAAUUAUAGUUUU